AUGAAUCUGGUCUACCGCUCUUAACCACUACACCACACUACACCAUUGCCUGUCCCUGUAGAGUACAGUAGGGCUGCCACCUUUGUUCUGGCAAAAUGCAGGACAGGUUGACGCGGUGGGUAAACAUGGUUUUCCCCCCCAAUCUGAUGCGGAAGUGACUUCAAAGCAAUCCAUUACAAGCUAUUGCAGGAUGGUGCCUCUGGAAUUUGUCACACACACAUACAGUGCUACCUCGGGUUACAGACACUUCAGGUUACAGAUGCUUCAGGUUACAGACUACGCUAACCUAGAAAUAGUACCGUGGGAUAAGAACUUUGCUUCAGGAUAAGAACAGAAAUCGCGCAGCAGCAGCGGGAAGCCCCAUUAGUUACAGUGGUACCUAAGGCUAAGAACAGUUUCAGGUUAAGAACGGACGUCCAAAAUGAAUUAAGUUCUUAACCUGAGGUACCACUGUAUUUGCAAAUCUGCCUCUGUUUCGCUACCCAGAUCUUAAAUUCAUGACCUUUCACACACCCUUCCAAACACAGGCAUUUGGAGAGGAUCCCUAACUUGGCAGAGAGGGGAGAGGGGUGAAACACUGGAUAAAACUGUAUCAAUGCAGGAUGUGGCAUUUCACAUUGAAAUACGGGACAAUCCUGUAUUAUGGAGGACAGGUGGCAACCCCGGAGUGAGCUGGAUGUCCCAAUUGCCCGACAGUGCAUCAGGCAGCAGCACCCUAUGUCCCCACCUCCUCCAGAAGCUGCCUCCCUGCCUGCCUCCACCCCCUGCCUGGAGCAGGGCUCCUUUCCUCCCUCCCUCCCCAGUUCCCUUGGACCCCAAAAAGGCGCUUUGCACCCACACGCUCCCUUGCCAAGAAGGCAGAAGCAGAGGCGCGUCGCGCAGCCCGGCGCGUGGGACAAUACCCUGCUCCUUUCCCACGGGGAGGGGGCGGAAGUGCUGCCUCUCUAGGAAGCAGCGCUCGCUCUCCGUUUCCGGUCACCCCUGCCUCCUCCUCCUCCUCCUCCAUCCUUCAUUUUUCUUUAUUGAGGAGGAGUGGGAGGGGUUCUUGCAUUCCUAGAGAGGCCACAGGCUGUCAGCUGGGGUGGGGUGGGUGUCCUUUCUUCCCACCCUUCCUCUACUCUGCCCCCCCACCACCAUUUUUGGGGGGGAAAGCUGGAAAGGUGAGUGGAAAGGGGCUGGUGGGGGGGUUAGAGAAGGGAUAGCUCUGUUCUGGAGGGAGAAUCCCCUCCCCACCCCAAUGAAAAGGAGGAGGGGGUGUAGGGGUUGGGGGGAAGAAGGGGGCUGGGCGCUUUCCCGCAAUGCGUAGGGUUGCAGGUUCAACCGACCCCCCUCCCAGCGCAAUAUCUCUUGCUAAACUGGAGUGGGGUCUUCUUUGAAGCUGGGUAAGGCCCUUCACUACCCAGAACCUAGGGUUGCCCAGGACCUUCAUUCUGGCAAAAUAUGGGGUGGGCUGGUUGCGGGGCAUGUUUGGGUUUUUUUUUGUUUUCAUCUGGUGACUCCAAAGCAACCGAAAUUGCAAUCUAGCAGCCUAACAGGAUGGGUCCCUCUGGAAUUUCCUGCACACAAGCAUGCAUUGUAAGUCUGUGCUUGGCUACCCAGAGCUUAAAUGCAUGACCGGAAGAGGGUUGGGCUUGAUGACCCUUAGUUGUCCCUUCCAAGUCUGCAAUUCCAUGACCUUUCACUCACCCUACCAAGCACAGGCAUUUGGAGAGGAUCCCUAAUUUGGAGAGGGGGGGAGAGAGAAAGACCUGAAAUACAGGUCAAAACUGUAUAAUAAUAAUAAUAAGAAAAAGUUAUUAUUUAUACCCCACCCAUCUGGCUGGGUUUCCCCAGCCACUCUGGGCGGCUUAUCAAUACAGGAUGUAGCAUUUUACACUGAAAUACAGGACAAUCCUGUAUUUUACAGGACAGGUGGCAACCCUUCUGGGACCCCUGGAACAUAGCUGUCAACGUUUUCCUUUUUUAAAGAGAAAUUCCCUUAUUCCGAAUAGGAUUCCUCUCAAGAAAAGGGAAAAGCUGACAGCUGUGCCCUGGAAGGGAUGCUCUGCUAGACAGAGGAGUCAUUAGAGGGAUAGCUGGAUACAGGGACGCAGGCCCAGAUGCCCUGCAUAGAUUUAUUGCUUAUUUAUUGCAUGCAUUUAUUUAAUAAUAAUAAUUUUUCAUUUAUACUCUGCCCUCGCUGGCUGGAGCUGGGCUCAGAGCGGCUAACAUCAUAUAAAUAAUACAAUAUACAUAAAAACAAGCAAUCAAUCGAUUAAAAUGCAUCCCAAAAUUAAUUCAAAUAAAUUAAAAUUAAAACUGGACAAAUGACAAUCCUCAGGUUAAAACUGAAAGCGGUUAAUACUCGCCAGGACCAACUGUUUCCACUGAUAUUAUAAGGACUUGUGAGCGGGCUGGGAAACCUCCUUCGUGCUUGUUCUUAUACAAAGAGAAAAUGAGUCAGACUCAACAAUGACCUAAGGCCUGGCGGAACAGCGCCAUCUUGCAGGCCCUGCGGAAGGAUGUCAAAUUUCGCACGGCCCUGGUCUCUUGUGAGAGAGCGUUCCACCAGGCCGGGGCCACUGCCAAAAAGGCCCUGGCUCUGGUCGAGGCCAAUCUAAUCUCUCUGGGACCUGGGAUCUUCAGGGUGUUGUUAUUUGCAGAACGUAAGGUCCUCUGUGGGACAUACCAGGAGAGGCAGUCCCAUAGGUAUGAGGGUCCUAAGCCGUAUAGGGCUUUAAAGGUUAAAACCAGCACCUUAAACCUGACCCUGUACUCCACCCGGAGCCACUGCAGCUGGUAUAGCACUGGGUGAAUGUGAUCCUGGGGCGAAGACCCCGUAAGGAGUCUCGCUGCAGCAUUCUGCACCCGCUGGAGUUUCUGGGUCAGUCUUGAGGGCAGCCCCAUGUACAGUGAGUUACAAUAAUCAAGCCUGGAGGUGACCUCACAUGGAUCACAGUGGCGAGGUCAGGGCAAGAGAGGUAAGGGACCAACUGCUUAGCUUGGUGGAGAUGAAAGAAAAGCCGCCUUUGGUAUUGCUGUAGCCUGCGCCUCCAUAGAAAGGGAGACGUUAAAGAUUACACCCAAACUCUUGACAGAAGGCACUGGCACUAGUUGCACCCCUGCAAGGGAUGGGAGUUGGCCCCCCCAACCACAUAUUGUCUCAACCCAGCCAAAGGACUUCUGUCUUUGAAGGAUUUAACUUCAACCGGCUCCCACGUAGCCAUUCAGUCACGGCUUCCAGACAUCUGAACAAUUACCACACACAUACAUAUACGUACACACAGACACACACACACACACACAGACACACACAGAGAGCCUUUUCCUUAUAUUUUAAUUUAUUUACUUUAUAGUAUAUUCCUUUUAUGAAGGCAUUGUGUCACUAUUUUCAUCAUCAUCAUCAUCAUUUUAUUUGUAUCGCGCCUUUCCAUAGUUGAAACUAUGCUCAAGGCAGCUUACAACAUGACAAGAUUUACAUAAUUACCAGCAUAACAAAAGUCAUAAACAAUAAAUAAAACACAUCAUAAAGUACACAACCAAAUGGAAACAAUUUCCACGUAAAUCAUAAGAUCUAAAACUAAAGAUACAACAGUAAUAUCAAUAACAGCAACAGCUCUCUCAACCCCCCAUAAACAAUACUCCAGCCCAAGAAUCUGUUCGACAGCUUCAGCUUUUGUAGCUGGAGUCAGUCCGCACUCCACUCUCCCAUUUUCUCACUAUUUUACCUAUGUGUUGCACUCUUCCUUAUAAAUGUAUUUCAAAAUUUGGAACAGCUGCAUAUUCCUGCAUUGCAGGGGGUUGGACUAGAUGGUCUUCAGGGUCUCUUCAAACUCUAUGAUUCUAUGAAUCUACGAAAUCUGGGAAGGGUUGCCACUCAGCGUAGAGACCCCUUUUUUAUACGCAGGAAGUCUGACAAUGAAGGAUGCAAAAAAAGAGGAAAGGAGUAUGUUGCUAUGAAAACAUUAAGACCACCAGCCAAAAAAUAUUUAAUUUUGUACCUCUGUAAAUACAAGUUGCUGGCAAUCCUAGAUAGGGAGAGAGUUGUUUCCGAAGAGGAAUAAUUUGGCCAGUCCUAGGCCUGCUUCAGCCAUUCUGGCUCAGCUUAGCCUCACGUUCUGAUUUUGGGCAUCUGGCUGGUCACUGUGAGAACAGGAUUCUGUAGUAACACAUAGCCCUUUGGCCUGAUCCAUCACCAGUGUGGUGUAGUGCUUAAGAGUGGUGGACUCGUAAUCUGGUGAACCGGGUUCGCGUCUCCGCUCCUCCACAUGCAGCUGCUGGGUGACCUUGGGCUAGUCACACUUCUCUGAAGUCUCUCAGCCCCACUCACCUCACAGAGUGUUUGUUGUGGGGGAGGAAGGGAAAGGAGAAGGUUAGCCGCUUUGAGACCCCUUCGGGUAGUGAUAAAGCGGGAUAGCAAAUCCAAACUCCUCCUCCUCCUCCUCCUCUUCUUCUUUUUAUGUUACGCUGUCUUUCUCCAGGUUCCUCCAUCCUCUGAGGAGAUGGAUGCGUGCGAGGAAGUCAUGCCGGAGAACUGUGGUAAUGAGACCUCUCUGGGUAAGUAUACUUGUGUCUUUAUUUGAUAUUUCUGUAGAAGCAGUCAACUUGUCCAUUCAUGAAUUCAUGAUCAGGUUGAACAGGAUGAGGAAAGAACCAUAUCUGUAG